AUGGCAACGCUAAAUUCUCUCAAGCGCGAUCUGAGGCAACAGGCCGCAUCCCAUGGAUCAGUACAUGUAUCACCCCAGACCUUAUCUGAUGCACAAUACAGCGCCGGCUUUAGCUUCUUUGAACCAGGUUCUAGAUGUACUACAUACCGAGACUUCAUUCUCCCUCAACUAUGUCAGGUCCUCAACCCAAUUCUUGGCUCGCGUUCGGGCAUCUCGGUUCUAGAGAUUGGACCUGGACCGAGGAGCGUGCUUGGAGAUCUGCCCCGUGAUAUGAAGCGGAAGAUCAAACGGUACACCGCUUUUGAGCCAAAUAGUCUCUUUGCUUUGAGAUUAGAAGAAGGCCUUCGAUCAACUGAGGAAGCUGCCUUGCCGUGUCUUGAGACGGGUCCCGACGUUAGGAAGGCUCCGUUCGAUCCUGAAAACUCACUCAAGGCCCUGGGAGACGACAAGUUUGAUAUUAUCGUGCUUUGUCACAGCAUGUACGGCAUGACCUCUAAAGAGGACUAUAUCUGUGCCAUACUCGAUCUUCUUGACGAACAGACAGCGAACAGCAGAGCCAUACUUUUCCAUAGACAUGGCUCGCUGGGCCUGGCUAGUCUGGUCUCUCAUCAAGUCUCCAACUUCCCGAUCGGCAUAGUUCGUGUGGCAAACACAGAUGAAUCGCUCGACUCUUUCGCCUCCUUAAUUGCAGGCUUUGUACCAAAGUCUGACAAAGUCCUGCAAGAAUGGCGGGAAACUUGUCGCGCAAUCGGCCGCCGCGACUUUGACGACCUCGUCUUCGCCGCGCCUGAUGUCAUGAUGACCUUCUCGCGACACUCAACCGCGCUACCAGAUUUGACUUCACAGUUGCCUUUAAUUGUUGGUGACAUGCAUGUCAAGAACCGGGAAGCUCGUCUGCAUUGUCCCGCCUCUAUGAUCAGACCAGGACACAUUCAUCAAGUUCAGGAGUGUGUUCGAUGGGCUUUGGAGCACCGAACUGCGUUGACAGUCGUGGGUGGUGGACACAGCGGUCAUUGCGUCUGGCCUCAAACUGUCGCCAUUGACAUGAGCGCCUUCAAUCAUGUCCAUGUUGUUACAGGGGAAGCCGGACGCCUGGUCAUGGCCGGUGCCGGUAGCAAGACGGGAGACAUCAUCCGCGAGACCAUGGCAAAGGGGCUCACUGUGCCUCUGGGGUCUCGGCCAAGUGUUGGAGCAGGCUUGUGGCUUCAGGGCGGCAUCGGUCAUCUGUCCAGGCUUCACGGGCUCGCUUGUGACGCUAUUGUCGGUGCGCUUGUCGUCAGCGUCAACUCGGCAAAGAUUCUAUGCAUUGGUCAUGUACCUGCGCAACACCAGCCAAUCGGUGCCAUACGCCCAGAGAACGAGGGAGAACUGCUAUGGGCUAUCAAAGGAGCGGGAACCAACUUUGGGAUCGUCAUUAGCGUUGUUUUUGCGGCACAGCCGGCCCCAGCGUUCUUGGUCAGGAACUGGGUCAUACCGCUGCGUGACGGCGAUGAGGCGCAACGCAAGCUUGCCGAGUUUGACCGGGAUAUUGCCAGUCAACUUUCUCGGCAUAAUUCUGCUGACGCUUAUCUAUACUGGGACACUGGAAAACUCCAUCUCGGCGUUACCAUGUACGAAGCUUCGACUGCUGGGGAAGUGCCUAGAACACCCAUGCCUAUCCCCACACCCGUGGCCACGAUUCUGGGUCCGGAGCACAACAGCAAGAUCGUUGACAGCGUCAGCCUCUUUGGGACUGAGAUGUACAUGUCAGGUAUGCACGGCGGUCACGCUGGAGGCAAGACAUCUUCGUUCAAACGCUGCCUAUUCCUCAAGGAUAUCGGAAGUGCCAUGGUUGCAAACGCGUUAGCAUCAGCCGUCCGGACUCGCCCCUCUCCGCUCAGUUACCUUCACCUCCUCCAAGGCGGCGGAGCAAUCCGUGACGUGCCGGUAUCAGCCACCGCCUUCGGCUGCCGUGACUGGGACUUUGCCUGCGUCAUCACCGGUGUCUGGCCCCGCGAGCAAGACGGGUCUGUUGCUGCCCGGGUGGCGAUGGAGUGGGUCUACACCGUCGCCGAGACCUUGCUACCGCUCAGUACCGGAGUUUACGGUGCCGACCUUGGACCGGAUCCCCGGGAUGCAAUCCUGGCAGCUAGAGCCUUCGGUUCAAACGGUCCUCGUCUAGCUCGCCUCAAAUGUCUUGCAGAUCCACGUCGUGUACUUGCUUACACCUGCCCUCUUCCACUGCGACCAACUGAACCAGGCCUCAUUAUCGCGGUUACUGGGGACAGCGGUGCCGGCAAAGACUACUGCGCUAAGAUCUGGGGUGACCUUUUCAACCAAUGUGGCAACAUUGCGCGUGUUGCCAGUAUAAGCGAUACCAUCAAGCGGGAGUUCUCGGCGGUUGCGGGUGUGGACUUAGAUCGAUUGCUCAGUGACCGAGAGUAUAAGGAGAAGCACCGGCCGGGCUUGACGGCGUUCUUCCAUGACCGCGUACGUGAGAACUCUCAUCUACCAGUGGAUAACUUCCUAAACGUUGUCUACGGCGCUGCUAGUGCGGAUGUACUGCUCAUUACAGGCAUGAGGGAUGAGGCACCUGUCGCAACUUUGGGCCACCUCGUGCCGAAUAGCAGACUUAUUGAGGUUCGGAUCAGCGCCGGAUCUGGUGUCAAACAACGUCGGCAAGGAUUCUGCAAUGACACAGAAGGUCGCGAUGGCUCACAGAAGGAGGAUGGCAAGCGAGCAACGCGUGUAAGGGACUACAGGCCCAACUUGUCUUUCCACAACAACAUCGCGGGAAGUGACAAUGCGAGAGCCUUCGCAGAGAAUCGUCUCUUUCCAUUCAUACAUCAAGACCUAAAACGGCUAAGCGAUAUGGUGCGUAUCGUACCAGACUUCCCAAGUCCUGGCAUCGACUUUCGCCACAUCCUCGACAUUGCCCAGACACCGGGUGGUCUGGCAUUAUGCAUCUCUCUCUUUCAGUCUCACUUCACGGGAAUUUGGUCAAAUAUCAACGCCAUUAUCAGCUGCGAGGCGGGCGGCUUUAUCUUUGCGUCAGCACUGGCGUUGCAGAUUGGUCUACCCUUGGUCCCGAUCCGAGAGGCCGGCAAGCUACCGCCGCCGGUUGUUUCUGUCGCCAAGUCUGUGUCCCACAUCUCAUCGGGGCCGAACAUGCUAGGAGGGAGAAGAUUUGAGAUGAAUCAAGAUGUGAUUCGGAGUGCAACGUCAGUUCUGAUUGUGGAUGACGUGUUCGCGUCUGGAGAAACAGUGUACGCGGUGCUAGAGCUGUUAGAAGAAGCAGGAAUAGAGGCUGAGAGAACCAGUGUGAUGACUGUGGCUGAGUUCCCAUGCCAUCGUGGCAGGCAAAUGUUACGUAGUCGUGGGUUUGGACGAGUUAGUGUUCAGAGCCUCUUAAUUUAUGAAGGGCUCUGA